AUGUCUCUUUUGAAUGAACUAGAUAGAAUAGACAAGGCUACACAGUCGAUUGAGUCUUAUGAGUUUGAAAUACCAGGGAUGUUUACCAACUCCAUGGUAAACCAUCCACCUAUACAAACAUUAUUACGCGAUCCUACACCCGAUGAACGACGAUUAUAUAAAGUCACCAACACAUCAUUAAAUCAAACAAAUCUGGAUGAUCCUAAGGUGGAAAGAGUCGAUGGUAAGUCAAUGUAUCACGAAUACGAUUUUGACGAUCCGUCAUUUAUCAUGAUGAAUGAAUCGGAAAAUGUUGAUUAUGAACAACCAAUAGUUAGGCUACCUAUAUUAUAUCGACCUGAUCCAUUUCCUGCCAAAAUAGAUGUCAAAUUCAGAGAGAGCGAUGACUUGUAUGAGUCAAUAGUAAAUUUCGUGGCUGUGGUUGACAAAUACCCCAAUUUGAUCGAAGAUUACGAUGCAAUUAGGAGUAAAGUGGAGCAAUUGAGACAAGAAUUUGUUGGUGUUAAUGAUGAGAUUGACAGUAUGGAGGCGGAGUUGGCUGAUACGAAACAAGCCUUGUGGAAGGAAUUUAAAGUCCCCACUGAUCAUGUUGUAAGCAGUGGUGAAUUGAUUGACCUUGAUGCCGAAAUACAGAAAGAAGAGAACAGAAUUAGACAGUUGCAAGCUACUUUAGACAAGAGAGUGUAG